UGCCGCGAGCUCGUCGCGCUGCGCCGCUCGCUCCGCGCCGCGCGCGCUCUCUGCGCCUCCGGAGCCCCGUGCUACAUAACGCACGAGAUUACACGCCUCACGUCUACCGGAAUGUAAAUAUUUAUGGAUGUCAGUUUUCAGUUGUUUAGAUUGGCUGUGAAUUUUAAGGUGAAAAUGAAAUCGACCAGGCGUGUUCGGGUACAUGAAGAUGCAAUACGACAUAGUGAGAGUAAGCGUGGCGGCGCGGGCGACCGGCUGGCGACGCCGCGGAUGUCGCUGCUGGGCAAGCCGCUCAGCUACCGCGCCACGCGACGCGACGCGCGAUACCGCCGCCUGCAAUCCAAGUUCUACAACUUCCUCGAAAGGCCAAGGGGUGUAAAGGCCGUCCUCUAUCAUAUGAUUGUGUUCCUGAUGGUGUUCAUGUGCUUGUCGCUGUCAGUGUUCUCUACGAUCGAAGAGUACGAGGCGAAGGCUGGUAUCGUCCUCUUCUACAUGGAAACAGUCGUCGUCAUCUGGUUUGCCAUCGAAUUCUUUCUAAGAUUAUGGUCUUCAGGAUGCAGGUCCCGUUACCAAGGCUCGAUGGGUCGCCUCAAAUUCUUGAGGCGGCCCUUCUGCAUAAUAGAUGUGACGACGAUCCUAGCGUCACUCGUGGUACUGGGCAUGGGGUCGUCGGGGCAAGUGUUCGCGGCGUCCGCGCUGCGCGGUCUGCGGUUCUUCCAGAUACUACGCAUGGUGCGCAUGGACCGCCGCGGCGGCACAUGGAAACUACUCGGCUCCGUCGUCUACGCACACCGACAGGAGUUAAUAACGACAUUAUACAUAGGAUUCCUCGGGCUGAUAUUCGCGUCAUUUUUGGUCUACUUGGCGGAAAAAGAUGUGACUGACACAAAGUUCAAAAAUUUUGCGGAAGCAUUAUGGUGGGGCGUGAUCACGCUGUGCACGGUGGGGUACGGCGACAUGGUACCGCAGACCUGGCAGGGCAAGUUCAUCGCCUCCUUCUGCGCGCUGCUGGGCAUCUCCUUCUUCGCGCUCCCCGCGGGUAUUUUAGGUUCGGGUUUUGCAUUGAAAGUACAGCAACAGCAACGGCAGAAACAUAUGAUAAGAAGGCGGCAGCCCGCGGCCACGCUCAUACAGGCGCUGUGGCGGUGCUACGCAGCUGACGAACACUCCAUGAGUAUAGCCACCUGGAAGAUUCACCAGAUUCCACUACCUAGUCCGCAAACUAGUCGAGUGAUGAGUGCGUCGUUCAAGAACAAUGCGUCCUUUGUGUCGCGGUUGCCGACGAUCCGACGACACAAGAGCACGUCACUGCACUCGCCCGCGCCGCACUCCAAGCCGGCGCAUCACCGCUACGACGUCAACGCCAGCGCAGAGAACCUCGGCGCGUCCCGCGCGAGCCGCGCGGCCGCCGGACGCGCUGCGCGCGCGCCGCACAUCAACCCGUCACACAGCGAGGACUCGGUCGCCGAGACGCAGCUCUCCAAGAAAAAUUCCGACGAUGAGGACGAGGAGCCGCGCUGCGUGACCCUCACGCCGCGACACAAAGCCGCCAUUCGAUUCAUAAGAAAGAUGAAGUAUUUUGUGGCUCGCCGUAAAUUUAAAGAAGCUCUAAAGCCAUACGACGUCAAGGACGUUAUCGAACAGUAUUCUGCGGGCCACGUCGACCUCCUGGGGCGAGUGAAAAACGUCCAGACUAGGUUAGACCAAAUACUUGGCAAGCAAGGAUCGAAAGCCAAAGAUGUGUAUGCAUCUAAAAUCAGCCUCGCUUCCAGAGUAGUUAAAAUUGAAAGACAAGUAGAUGAUAUAGAGAGUAAGUUGGAUCAUUUAUUAGAAUUGUAUGAAGAGGAUAGAAGAUCACAUCGAAGGUUGCUUGGUGGAGCGAGUAGCGAGGCGGGUGACAGCGGCGGCGGUGGGGGCGAGGGCGCGGGGUCGCGCGGGCGGUCUGCGCUGGCCGACAAGCAGUGCUCGGAGCCCAACUCGCCGGUGUCACGCAGCUUCGAGCCGCCCGCGCCCGCCUCCGCGCCGCCCGUGCCCACCAAGCGGCCCAUGAACCGCGGCUACUCUGACCUCGGCACCAGAUUCAUGCGGAAGAAAGUCAUCGUCAAAACAUCAUCGGCAUGUCGUAACGGAGAAUCGCCGAGAGAUGAUGAGGUAGUGAUAGUAGUGCCGACGGACCGCGAGGACACGCCGCAGCGGCUCACCACCGACAGCUCAGAAGUUUGCGCGAGCUGUUCGGUGGAUGUGGAGACGGAGGCGGGCGAGGCGGCGUCACGCUCGGCCAGCUCGGGCACGGCGUCGUGGUGCGAGGGCGAACCCGACUGCGGCGAGGAGCGCGGCUACGGCUCCGGCGACUCGCUGGCCGAGGACGCCGCGCUGCUGGGCGCCGCGGCGCACGCGCACGCGCCGCGCCCUAUGCGCUCGCAGCGCCGCGACGUGGCCGUCGACCUGCACCUGCUGCGGCCCGACGUCUGAGCCGCCGCCGCCGUGCCGCCUCCACGGCGUCCCCUUCCUUUAGCUGAUAUAUCAUCGAGGCCACUCCUAAACUAGUGAUUAUGAAACAAACUCGCACACCCCCAAUCACAUUGUACGUUUCACUCAAGCAUCUAACCGGAUGUCAUAUCUUGUAUCAUAAUGAAGUGUUGUCCACCAUUUCAAGAAUAAUUUUAGGUAAGUAAGUGCUUACGAUGUAAAGACCUGUCAUAUUAGAAUAGAAUGAUUGAAUAAGUAAUGAUCAAAGUGUGUCUUGUGCAACUCCAAUAAAAUAAUACUUAGACUUCAUACAACGAGUAAAUAUUGUGGUAAAGUAGGUGUCGGCAGUUACUCCACACGUUUCAGACAUAAGACCAAAGACUCGAAGUAACAUAGUUUAUCUAUAGGUACUAAUAAUAAUUAAGCUUAGUUUUUCAUUUCACAUUGCUUUUUUUAUUCAAGUGAGAAUUACCUACGAUACUUUUAGAUAGAGGCUUCUAAUUUAAAAAUAUAUAAAAUAGUUAGAAGUUGUAAAUAUUUUACUGUAAGAGAAUUUAUGUAAAUUAUAGGAAUAGGUACUGCAUCAAACAAAUACCGAAGAAACCAAAAUGAUGCUACGAUGUACUUUAAACGCCUAAGGCAAAUGGAACUGUACUACGAAUACCUACUUAAAUAAAGAGGGUGUCCUUUUACCAACAAUUUCAAUAUUUAAUAUACUAUUUUCACUAAGGGAACGAAAGACAAUCAAUACAAAGGAACUGUGAUAGAUUUUCGUUUGGGUUGCCCACACAAAAUUUACUAGAAUUAAAUUAACAUGUUUGAAACUUUAUCAAGAAACUAUAGAAGUGCCGCACGCCGUACUUUACAAUAAAUCAACGUAGAUAACUGCCUAAUGGAAAUCAGUACAAUACAUACCACACAACCCUAAUUAUUAGAAAACUACUUACUUUUCUAGGUAAAUCCUAUUCUUGAACCAAUUUUGAAAAUUUUGGACACAUUUCUUAAUGAAAGCAGGGUAAACAAUUGCCUGACAUUCAAAAUAAUUAUUAUAAGAUUCUAUAUUAUAUAUAUAUUCUAUACUAGACACCUACGAUGUAUUUAUACUUACUAUACCUCUUUCCACAAUUUCCGUCACUACUUAUAUUGCAGCCAAGAAGUAGUAACUCUAGUAGGUCUAUGUAGAUGAUUACAUAUGCAUAAGUUUCAUUUAAACAUAGGUACCUUCGGAAAACCUAGUUGUACAGUCGAUGGGACCUAACGAUUAGACCUUACAUUACAUAUUGUAAUGUGACUAAAUACGUCAAUUUAUGUACCUACUAUACCUAGCAGCAUUUUAAGAAUUCCAUUACGAACCAAGCUAAACAAAAUCAGCAACAUAUUUUAUAAUUAAUGUCGAAGAGAAUCGUAAUUGUUUUACAAAAAUAUAUGUAAGUAAGUAAUUGAUAACAUUCAUGGAACAGCUGCAGGCAUAACAAUUAGAAGAGCGCGGUAGAUAUAUCAACACAAAAAAAAUCUAAUUUCAAUAGGUUAUUCUAAACAAAAUUGCACAACAACAUACCUUGCUGUGGAAUAUGCUUCCCAGUUCAAUGCCUUAUUCGCUCUAGCCAUUUUGAGUGAGUAGGCAACGGGGGGACAGUGGAGCAAGACAUAAUAUGAGGACAACUGCUCAGACCCUUCUCCAGAUGGGUUUUCCUGGCACCACGCAUGCGCUCCAACACAACUCACGACACUUGGCAGCACGGUUUUGCCUGAUGUGAUCGCUAUUAAAACCAAAUCCAAUCAUGCAAAAUAGGAUUAAAAUACUGACUAUUAUUAUGUCCCUUCCAAAAUACAUCACUUCAGACAUGAUUACGCUUAAUUACGAGAAUAUCCAGGUACACAAUUGGUAUUGGAUGCCAUAAAAAUAAUAAACAUAAGAUGUAAGUAAGUACACCUACCUGUUAAUCUAAAUGUUAAAAGUAAGUAAAGUUACUAAUAAAGAACAUCUAUUGUAACCUUCUUACUUGUGCGUUAUAGGUUUAACGGAAGGAAAAUUAUUGCAACCACGCUAAGAUAUUGUGGAGCCUCCAAAAAUAAUCUUAUACCAUAUACCUACUAUACACGUUUUUUGUAAAUACAUCGUCUAAAAUUAAUAAAAUCUUGUAACAUACCUCCUAAUCCCGCGGCCAUUUCUAUGUGACAUUUUCAAAUCUCCCAUAAAAGUUCAAAAUAGGCUACAGACACACUGGCUUCAAAGAAAAGUUUCAUCUUUAUUAAUAAGUACAUAGUACACAAUUCAGAUUGUGAACAAAUUAAAUAAAUCCGUUUGUGGACUUUAUAUAGCCUUUUCCCUCGGCGGAAUACGGACCCACAGCAUGACUCACAGCUUUUUGGACCAAUUUUGAUAGAUUAGUUAUGAUAUCGAGUUCAAAGCAAUAAUUUGCUUCCAUAAUGUGUAUUGUUAGUACAUUGCAUGGCUCCCGUCCCCUUAAAAUAUUAUGGCAAAGAAAUAAAAUAAUAUGAACAAUAGAUCCCUUGUUAUACGUAGCAGAUUAAUCCUUUUACGUAUUAGUUUAAUAUCAAUCAAUUUUACUUACUGCAAAAAAAUAUGUUGCUUAACAGAUUAUGUAAGUACUUGCUUUUAAAUUAUUGAACUAAAUAAAGUUUAAUUAUAUGGAUCAACGCUUGUUCAACGAACGUGCGUAAUAAUUCGGUACAAUAAUAAAGGGGGCAUGGCUUUUCCAUUUUUUCUUGUUAUUUUUAAAGUAUAUAAUGAGUAAAAAAACGAAACAUAGUUAUAAUAUACAAUUUUUUAUGCAUUUAUUCCUUAAUUAUCUUCGAAUUAAUGAUUCCAUUGAAAAUUAAAGAACCUUUCAGUACUAGUUGAUAGACAAAAAAAUAUUAUUGCUUAUUACCAAAUUAUUUCGUUGAAAGUACUUAAUCAUUGAGAUUGAUACAUUCAUUACCAAUCAUAUUCUUGUUUUGUUUUUAUAUUUUUUAGUUGUACUUUAAAAUGUUACCUAUAUGAAGUAUUGAA